UAUACGUACACUGCUCAGAAAUUCAGUAGCAUAAAACAUGUUUCCUCCUAUUUGAGUCAUAAGAUGUAAUAAUUAUGCUAUUGUUACUACAUACUAUCUUUAUCUAUUCCGGAUAUAUAUAUUUAUUCGAUUUCGAAAUUAUUACUUUAGUAAGAAGGCACUUAAGACCCAUGUAUAUACGAACUUUUCGUGUUAUUGAUGUCAUCAUCCUGUCCGAUGAUCAUCUCUUAAGUGGCAGUGUCCAUCAUCAGGACUUGCAUCAGCAUUCCGAUCAUCAGCUAAUACACUGUUCAAUAAAUAUUAAGAUCUCUGCCGUUAGGCUUAGAGUUAUUAAAUAUCGUAACUUUAAACACUUUGACAUUUAUAGCUUCAAACAAGAUUUUAUAAAAUUCCCUUGGUGGCAGGUUGUCAACAGUGAUAAUGUUAACCAGAAGACUGCAAUUCUCUCAGAUAUGAUAUUGACUCUUCUUGAUUCUCAUGCGCCAAUAUGUGAGAAAAAAGUUACCAGGCCACCUUCCCCGUGGUUUACUGAUGCGUUGCGUGCGAUGAAGAAUCACCGUAACUAUCUUUUCUCUAAAUACAAACGUACUAAAAAUUUACGGGAUUGGGCAUCCUACAAAGAAAUGAGGAAUUUUUUUACGUCAGCUGUUCGACAAGAAAAGAGAGCUUAUAUUGAUUUUGUCAGUCGUACAAAAAAAUCCAGAGACAUGUGGAAAACCCUAGACCAACUUAAUGUCUAUAACAGAUCUAAAAAAUAUAGAAAUUCCUAACCAUCUUAAAAACCCAAAUUUAAUUAAUCAAUAUUUUAUCGACUCGGUGCGACAAAUACCUAGCACUGUCGAUACGAAUACUAUUUCUAAAUAUCUUAAUUCCAAAUGUACAACCGCAGAAUUUGAAUUGAAACUCGUUAGUGAAGAUGACGUUUUCUGGGCAUAUCGGAGAUUGGGUCAAACGCCUGUGGUGCAGACGGAAUUAGCCUUGACAUGGUGAGGUUAUGUUGUCCAACGAUCUACCCGUGCUUGUUAACCUAUUAUAUUCCUGCAUACAAAAGGGCAUUUUUCCUGCGCAAUGGAGAACGGCUGUGGUCUUGCCGCUGCCUAAAAUUAGCAGCCCUAAGGAUGUCUCUGAUUUGCGACCAAUUAGUAUACUACCAGUGCUGUCAACAGUAUUUGAAAAGCUUAUUUAUAGGCAAAUCAUUACUUAUUUCACAGAUAAUAAUUUAU